AUUCCACGUAUCCGAGAGAUCAAGGCUGGGGAAGCUGAAGACCUUCCAGGGAAGGGCCUCCUCCUUCUGCUGGAGGGACCAUGACAGCGAAUAGAGGAGCAAUGACCUUCUUAUCUGUCUUCCUGCUGUGCUGUUGGCAAGACGUACAGCCCUGGCCGAAUAGAGAGCUUUCAGGUUCAAGUGGUAAGCAAUGGCCAAAUUUAGAAACUCUGGAUGAUGACAUAGCUACAGUGUUUGAUGAAAUUCUAGUCCGGGAUAUUCUGGAGCCAGGGAAAGCACCAUAUUUUGAAAAUCAAAGCCCAUCAACAACUUCACAACAAAAAACAACGAAGGAAAAAGAAGUCCACACAAAAGAACCCAUACCUUCUAAGACAUAUCAGAAGCAGUCAUCUUCUGGGACCAUGCACACCCCUUCCUUUGACGAUAAGCAGAAAGAAAUACUUUUUCAGCUAAGAAGCCUUGAAGCUCUGGAGAAAAUGAUUGACAAGAUUCGAAGAGCUAUUGAAACUAAGCUCAAGAGAAGACAGAAGCUCCAGCAAAGUAGAAGCAGUCAACUCCUGGGGAAGCCAAUCCAGCCCUAAGUACUAGGCCUGGCGAGAGGGACAAGCCACUGCCGCACAUGGGGACAGAAGAGAGUGGAAGGAGCCAUCGACCUGUGUGAACUGUACUCAAUGAGCACCAAAUAAAAUUAGCAUAUUUAAAUAUUAA